AUGGCUGUCACAGGCUUCAUCCACCACUUUGGGACAUUUUUGCUUCUCGUAGCAACAGUCCUCCUGGUCGUUACCAGCAUUUCCUCGCCAGUGGUAAACAACAUCUCGAUCUUGACAGUGAAGCUCGGAGAUGCUUCUGCCGGCGAUGAGAUAACUUUCGGCACCUUUGGGUACUGCAUCCGUGGUGCCAACGCAGAUGGCUCCGACCGUUGCUCAAAGUCGCAGAUCGGCUACGACCCCGCCAGCAUCGUGGCCGAGUCCGACGGCACUCGGUACUCGGACUACUCUUCCAACACUGCUGAGGCUCUGACCCGCGUCAUGAUUAUCCACCCCAUCGCUGCAGGCGUCUCCUUCAUCGCCUUCAUCCUGUCCGUUGGCGCUGGCAUGUUUGGCUCGCUCUUUGCAGCCCUGGUCUCUGGUAUUGCCUUCCUUCUCACCUUGGUGUCCCUUGUCUGCGACUGGGUUGGCUUUGCUCUUAUCCGCUCCAACGUCAACAACGACGAGGAUGGUGGUGACAGCGACAGCUACGCCCACUUCGACGUCGCGCUCUGGACCCUGCUGGCCGCCGCCAUCUGCCUGUUUAUCGGUACCAUCGUCGUCUUCUUCACCUGCUGCAGCGGUCGCUUGCAUAAGCGCCGCCAGCAGCGCGCCAAGGUCGACCACUACUCUCCCCCUGCUACCCAUACUGCCUACCGUCGCCGCCGCUGGUGGCACCGUCGCCGCUACUAA